AUGGCCCGUUUCUCGCAGCAGCCGUUUGAUUUCUACCAGCAGUCGCCUUCGGCACUAGACUCCAAAGCCGCUUUCUCAGAAGAGGACGAGAUGAGUGUGUUGGAUGAUAAGAUCCUUGACUCCACCCCCGACGUCUCCUCCAUGGCAGAUCCCCGACGAUCAUCCUACGACCACAGCACAGACGGUCUAUCAUAUCGAGAUCAACCCGUUUGGGGCGAUUUCCAGACGCAACAACAGCCACAGCAGCAACAGCAACAGCAGCAACAGCAACAGCAGCAACAGCCCGCCUCACAUCCACAAUCUCGACAGAACUCGCAAAUGGCUAAUUCCAUGUACGAUUCGGGGAGCAACACCUUCAUGCCCAACUAUGGGCAGCAGACCUCAUGGCCCAUGUCCCGAGAUUCCGGAUCAUGUACACCCUCCCAGGUGUACGAUCAGUUCUCGCAUGAUUUUGACGCCAACUCCGCCGGCGCCUUCUCCGGCGGUGCUGUGGGCCCGGUCUCCUCCAUCAACUUCUCUCAGAUGACCUAUCGCCCCGGGGCUGUUUUUGGUGCCCCUGGCGGCGUUGCCAUGUCUCCCCAAUCCAGCCAAGGCUGGAUGCCGACGACGACGGCGACGACGGCGGCGGCGACGACGACCACGACCACGACCACGACCACGACAGCCGAGGUUCCGAAUAAUCAGGCACGACCGACGACACGGAGUCCGACAUACCGGAGCGACUCGACUCUCCACGUCCGGCGUGAUGGGAUUCGGAAGAAGAACGCGAGGUUUGAGAUCCCCGCGGAGCGCACCCUCAGCAAUAUCGAUCAGUUGAUUGCGCAAUCGACCAAUGAGGAAGAGAUCAAGGAGCUGAAGCAGCAGAAGCGUCUACUUCGGAAUCGACAGGCAGCACUUGACUCCCGUCAACGAAAGAAACUCCACACCGAGAAGCUGGAAGAGGAGAAGAAGCACUUCACCAACGUCAUCAGCGAGCUGGAAGAAGCACUCCGUAACAUGAAGAUGCGGGAAGCCGAGCUUCUCCGAGAGAAGAGCGAGUGGUUGGCCACCCAGCAACAGAUCAACCAAUACAUCGAAGGUCUCCACAUGGAAAAGGACGAGCUCAUCCGCGCCCACACCUUGGAGACAGCGGAGCUUCGGAAGAAGAACAACAUCCUCCGCGAGACCAUGGAGAAGUUGGAGAGCCAACUGAAAGCGUCCAACAACAACAAUAACAACAAUAACAACAACAACAACAACAACACGACGUCCACCUUCUCGAACGAGUUCUCCGAUUUCGAGAACCUCACCAUGGACAGCAGCCCAUGGGAGGACUUCUCGAUGGUCAACGGCCUCUCUCUCGAGACGGAGACGCUGCCGGCGUCGUCCGCGCCGACAUCGUCCGCGCCUGACAACUCGACGCUUCUCGCUCCCACUAAGAACGAGAAGGCCGAGAAAGCCGCGAAAGACUAUCCGUUCAGCUGGAAUGCGUUCUACAUGUGUCUUCUGUUUGGUGCUUUCAUCGCAUCGAAUAGCGCCAGGCUCUCGACCACGACCAUUCCCCAGCUUUCGGAGGAGUACCGCGCUGAGUCGGCGAAUGUCUUGAAGGCUGUGUUGGCUUCCGCACCUGCCGAAGUGUCGCCCUCUGCCAACCAGGCUCCAGCUGCAUCUGCUUCCUCCAACGGUGCCUCUCUUCCGACCACCAUCUCUGGUGCUGAGAUGGCCCAGAUGACCUCGGUUUCUGCUCCUCCCGUCACGGCCCCUUCCAGUCUCGAUGAGCUUCACAAUGCGCUCGCCAUGCCCACCAAGGAGCAAGAGAACGAACAGGUGUUUUCCCUCAACGCGGAUCAGUAUAAUGCGCUGACAACUUUCGAUGAUGACGGUGUCGACUUCAAGCCCCAGCAACCUUCCAACCUCCAACAGGCCCUUGCCGCCAUGCGUAACAAUGGCAACCACAAGAGUCUGGAGGCGAAGGUGACGUCGGACGUGUAUACGAGGUCGUUGUUGUGGGAUCGUGUGCCCGAGAAAGUUGUGCGCGACUUCAAACGCAUGGUUCGAGAAUGCGGUGCUGGCUCCAUCGACGAGAAGACGGAUACCACCAACUAA